AUGAAAUAUUUUCCUCCCCAACUCACCUCCAUCUUGGCCAUCUACUGCUUCUGCAUGCUACCAACUCCCUCCUCAGGAUUUCCUCAACCUUUAAGUGAUCCUCCGGAAGCCUUGGCUAUUGUGCAGCUUGAGCAACUGGCAUAUUGUCUGAAUCAGUGGGCAACUCUUUCUAUCCAAAGUAAGGUUAAUCAAGACAUACACAAAAGGUUUUUGUUUCACUACUCCAGAUCUCAGGAGCCAACACAUCCAGUUAAAACAGAGUUUCCUCCCGUGCACCCUUUAAUGCGCCUAGCUGCAAAGCUCGCCAACCGGAGGCUGGAAAGGUUUCUGCAGCCAGUAGGUGCUCUUUCUCUUUCUACCCCGCCAUGUUUUUUAGGCCAGUGAAAGUUCCAGGUGAAUGCGUGCUGUGGUCUGGGGGUGCACUUGUAUUCUU